UUGUUGUUAGCUGUAAAGCAGCUGGAAUAAAAUAAAAUAAAAACAUUACAUUUGGUGGGAUAAAACAUUUACGGUAGUAAAGUUGACUAAUAUAUUUAUUGGUAAUUAAUUAUUUAAUUGUUGGGUCAACUGACGGGGACAGCAGUUGAUCUGCGUUUCUCAGAUACCGAGCACACAUUCACUGUGCUGGAGAACUAUUAACCAAUAAGACAAUUUAGAAUUACUUUUUAGCCAAAUACAACAUUCAGUAUAACUCAUUACCUUCGAAGUUGUAUGAUGGCAGGUUUGCUUUCUACGCAAUAUCACUUAACACUGGGUAAAUUAAAACUGUUGAGGAAUAAUCCUGCCCUGUCAGUCCUGACAACCACUCAGCGCAAAUACAGCAGUAAGGAUGGAGUUGGAAUUGAGAAUUUGCACAAAAGUGUCGUCCCGACCAUGCACUACCAGAAGAGUUUACCAAGAUUACCAGUCCCCAAACUGGAGGAUACAAUACGGAGAUAUUUGGCAGCACAAAGACCCCUGCUUAAUGAUGAACAGUACAGUAAUACAGAGAAAGUAGCAAAUGACUUCCAUAAUGGGAUCGGCAAGCAGUUACAUGAAGAACUUGUGGCCUUUGACAAGAACAAUAAGCAUACCAGCUAUAUCUCAGCUCCAUGGUUUGAUAUGUACUUGUCUGCCCGAGAGUCUGUUGUGCUCAACUUUAACCCCUUCAUGUCCUUUAACCCUGACCCCAAACCUGAGUACAACAAUCAGCUUGUACGGGCCACCAACAUGGUCUGCUCAGCUGUGCGGUUUAUGAAGACCCUGCGUGCUGGGCUGCUUGAGCCUGAGGUGUUUCACCUUAACCCUGCCAAGAGUGACACAGACAGUUUUAAGAAGCUGAUUCGAUGGGUGCCCUCCUCCAUCUCAUGGUUUGGAGCCUACAUGGUAAACGCAUAUCCUCUGGAUAUGUCCCAAUACUUCCGCCUCUUCAACUCCACACGUAUACCCAAGUACAAGCGUGAUGAGCUCUUCACAGAUGAGAAGGGCCGCCACCUGCUUGUGAUAAGACAAGGCAACUUGUAUGUGUUUGAUGCAGUGGAUCGGGAUGGUAACCUUGUAAAGCCUGCUGAGAUUCAAGCUCACCUAAAAUACAUCCUAGCAGACCCCACACCCACUCCUGCAUUCCCGUUAGGUGUCCUGACCAGUGAGAAUAGAGAUACCUGGGCUGGGUUAAGACAAAAGCUUCUGGAUGCUGGAAACGGUGAAGCUCUGAGUUUAGUAGACACUGCUCUGUUUUGCCUCUGCCUGGAUGGGGAGGACAUGAGAGACCAUAUCCACAUCUCCCACAACAUGCUACAUGGGGACGGCUGCAACCGCUGGUAUGACAAGUCCUUUAGUAUCAUCUUGGCUAAGGAUGGCCAGGCGGCCAUCAACUUUGAGCACUCCUGGGGCGAUGGUGUGGCCGUCCUUCGUUUCCAGAAUGAAGUCUUCAAGGACACCACAGAAAAGCCUCAGGUUGGCCCUGGUUCUCCGCCAGCAUCUGUAGACUCUGCCUCUGCGGUUCGGCGGUUAGAGUUCAAACUCAAUGUAGAGUUACAAGCUGGAAUCACAAAAGCCAAAGAGAACUUCCAUGCCGCCGUGUCAACUCUCACCAUCGAUGCUAUGGAGUUCAAGGAAGGUGGAAAGGAGCGACUUAAGAAAAAGAAGUUAAGCCCAGAUGCCAUUGCACAGCUGGCUUUCCAGAUGGGCUUCCUACGGCAGUAUGGCCAAACUGUCGCCACAUAUGAGUCCUGCAGCACUGCAGCCUUUAAACACGGUCGUACGGAAACCAUCCGUCCUGCUAGUGUUCAUACAAAGCGCUGUGCCAUGGCCUUUGUCCAGCAGCCUGGACAGCACACAGUGGAACAGUUACAAGGACUGCUGAGUGAAUGCUCCAAAUACCACAGCCAACUCACUAAAGAGGCAGCCAUGGGUCAAGGGUUUGAUCGGCAUCUUUUUGCAAUGCGCUACUUGGCUAAUUCUAAAGGAAUAGCACUGCCUAGUCUGUACCUGGACCCAGCCUAUGCUGCCAUAAACCACAACAUCCUGUCCACCAGUACUCUCACUAGCCCUGCGGUGAGUCUUGGUGGGUUUGCUCCUGUGGUGCCUGAUGGUUUUGGAGUGGGCUAUGGUGUCCAUGAUGAAUGGAUUGGAUGUAAUGUGUCCAGCUACCCUGCCAGAAAUGUUCAUGAAUUUCUUAAGUGUGUUCACAAGUCCUUGGAAGACAUUUUUACAGUCAUCGAUGGAAAAUCCAUUAAUUAAAAGAGCUCUUAAUCUGUUGAAAUGCUGGGGGUUUUGGACUAGUCUGGAAUCAGAACAUCUAUGUUUGAUUUGUCUGUUAUUAGACACUGACUCAAUGUAAUUUCAUCAUAUGACAUCAUUGUCUUUAUUGGGUGAUUGUAGAACUGUUAAAUAACUUUAUACUGUGUUUAUAGUUGAAAUGUGAAACUAAGGUAACUCACUGAUCAAUAAGCAAAAAUGAUUCAUGAUUAGGGCCAGUAGCAUAGCCAAAAAGAUUAUAUUUAUAAAAGUUUAAAAAUUCAUAAAUUCUGAUUUCUGAAAGAACUGUUUGAAUGUGCUGCUUCUCUGUUGUUUAGGAAAAUUUGGUAAGAAAAAAACUUGGCCCCUCCAUUUUAACGAGGCCCACCCAAAAGCAAUUUCCUGGCUACACCGUUGGUUAGGGCAAUGUAGAUAAUGCUUUGAAAUGCUAGUUUAUUAAAAAUGUAAAGCAAAUGUGUUGUAUUUUGAAUUUUGUCAUGCAAUUUUUCCAGGAUAAACAUCCCCUAUGUCAAUCAGGUAUGACAAUCAUCUACAGACUUGACAGAAACCAACCACACCGACUCCUAAAUGCCCCUCUCACCUAUGUUGCCUUGAUUCAGUGUUCUUUAGGACAUUAAUAGUGACUGUAGGAUUUUGGUUAAUCCACUUCAAGAUGCAGUAAUGUUUGUUAAUUUUUAUCCAAAUGCAUCACUGUAUCAUAUACAACAAAAGAACAAGGAAGUUAUCCAUUAUCAAAUGGUUUGGAAAUGAAUUAAU